AUGAAUCGCAGUAAUUUAUACGGCUAUGAGCCGUCCAUAGUGGCAGCCGCCAUCUUCGUUGUCCUCUUCCUUUGCACAGCAGCCUUCCAUGUCUGGCAACUCACAAGGGCACGAUGCUGGUACUUCAUCCCAUUUGUCAUCGGAGGCAUCUUUCAAGUAAUUGGAUACGCCUGUCGAAUUGUUGCCCAUAACGACCUGAGCUCCGUCACCGUCUACGCCCUUCAGUCUAUCCUGACUCUCUUGGCUCCGACAUUAUACGCGGCUUCCGUGUACAUGGUCCUUGGACGCUUGGUGCAUUACCUCCAUGCCGAAAACUUGAGUGUUGUUAGGCCGAACUGGAUGACCAAAAUUUUCGUUGGUGGUGAUAUCUUCUCCUUUUUGCUUCAAGCAGGAGGCGGUGGUCUUAUGGCAAGCAAGAAAACCAGCACCAGAAACACCGGAAGUAACGUGGUCAUUGGAGGUCUUGUGGUCCAGCUCCUCUUCUUCGGCUUUUUCGUCAUAACCGCAGCUCUCUUCCACACCCGUAUCAACAAGUUCCCAACCCCUAAAUCCUCGGAGGAGCGCGAAUUGACGCAGCAUCAAGGUUGGAAGAAGCGGAACUGGGUCACUGUGCUUAUCGCACUAUACAUUGUCAGCAUUUUGAUUUUGGUUCGGUCCGUAUUCCGCCUGAUUGAGUACAAAUAUGGCUUUGAUGGGUAUAUCAUGACUCACGAAGUGUUCUCCUAUAUCUUUGAUGCCACAAUCAUGUUUAUCGCUAUGGUCACGAUGAAUAUCUAUCAUCCGGCGGUUAUUUUGGGAGAUGGAAAGAGUGCAAUGGUUGAAGAGACAUAUGAGCUGCCGCAUUAG